UCUCUCUCAACUUGAGAUUUUUUGAUCCAUCACAUUUUAUUUUUUGUGUGUUUCAAUCAAUUUUCAAUGGCAUCAUGACUUUCAUCGUCUAAUCAUCCCUUUGUUUCCCCUAUAAUAAUUCAUUUUAUUCAAGUGAAGGGGUAACGCUUGAAACGCCCCUCCCCUCCUUGCUGUUUCUUCUUCCCUGUCCCUUCUCCUUCUCACUUCUACUUCACUCUCUCUCUCUCUCUCUCUCUCUCUCUAAACUCUCUCUCUAAAAAGUGCCCUUUUUGUGUGUUUCUAUGACGGAGAAAUAAGGAACUGUCUUUAUGUGUAAAGGAAGGUGUUGUUGAUGACUUGAUAUAUAUGUAUGUAACUUAAAAAGGGGAAAUACCGUAUACGUAUUUUGUAGAGAUGGGUUCGUGUGUUUCGGUGCACAAACACCCGGAUUCUGCCUUCAGGCUCCGUUUUUCAAUCGGGUCCAAAAACGAAAAGAUUCUCAUCCCGUCGCCGGUCAAAGACAAUUCCGACACGGUCGACGUCGUGGAUCGCACUGUUCCAGUGGCAGUGAACUCCCACUUCUCACCCGCUCGUUUUCCUCACGCUGACCGAUUUCUUGCAGGUAGCAAAGAUGAAGCCUUCUUUGAUUCUCAACCAUGGUUAGAAUCAGAUUGUGAAGAUGACUUUGUUAGUGUUAAUGGUGAUUUUACACCGUCUCGUGGAAGUACACCAGUUCACCACAGCUUCUCGAUUGGAGUUCUACAAGUUAAUAAAGCUCCUAUAUUAGUGGAAGAAACAGCUGAUUCUGUAACUGAAUCGUCUACUCCAGAUAAGAAGAAGAGACUUUCUGAACUUUUCAAAGAGAGCUUACGUGUCGAUAAUUACGCUGACAAUGAAAAUGCUGCAGCCAAUAAAAACGAGACAAGUGGCACCCCUGGGGUUGGUGGUGAAAGAACUACUCCCACUCCCAAUGGAGUCCUUGCGACUGAAGACAAAUCUUUAAAGUCUGGACAAUGUUGUCUUCCUCGGUUGCUCUCGAAUCGUAGCUUUAAUGAACGGAAAAAGAGGAUGAGCCCUGCUCGGAGCGUUGGCUGAUAUAUUUUAUUAUUGUUUUUUAUGUUCGAAAAUUUUGGCAAUAAUUAAUUAAUGUAUAUGUUGAUAAUUGGUGAGCCAGCCAAUUUCGUAUGGAACUUGUUUGUUUUCACUUUUCAGAACUGCUUGAUAGUGAGAAAUUUACACGAAAAACUCCAUUGAAAUACAGAGAGAGAGAGAGAAAACGUUUUCUGUACAA